AUGCAGGACUCUUGGACGGCUCGGAAGGCCGAGGACCGAAACAGUUUCAAGAAUGUCAAAACCAUCUACGAUCCGCCAACCCAAGGUACUGCAUUCCUUCUCAGUGCCGACGGCAUUACCCUACUUACUGAGGAGGCACAAAUUCUACAGCGAUGGCCCGAGCACUUCCGAGGCGUCUUCAACCGUCCCUCCGCCAUCUCCGACGCCGCCAUCGCCCGUCCGCCUCAAUUGGGAACCAAAGCCGAACGCGACCACCCGCCCCUCUCUCUCCGAAACCAUCAGGGCCGUGAUGAAGCAUUCUGGAGAGGAAGCAUUCAAACGUUAUCCACAAACACGGUGGCCCCCGAUUCAUAG